AUGAGGUCUCUACUGGGAACUGCCCAAGGAGAGAGCCUACGUCCCGCGCCUCCCGGGAAGUCCCAGCCCAAGCUGACUCUAGUUUCUCAUUUUACCUCCGCGGCUCCCGGCAACGGCGGCGGCGGCGGCGGCGGCGGCAGCUUCUCCCCUCCCCAGCGGAAGAGGAGGCCCCCGCGCCCCUCCCCUCCUGGCGCUUCUGAUUGGUCCGGCGUCCUAGGGGCGGAGUCCGCGCCACCAAUUGGCGAGCGGAAGGGGCGGGGCGCGGGCGUCGCCGGGCGGAGCGCCAGUGCGGCGCGGGGAAGCGUCUCGGGCACCCCGGAGCGCCGGGAAAGCUGUGCAACGUCAGGCCCGAGCGCGAGACGCUCAGUCGGCGGCAGCUGCAACGCCUAG